UCGCAUUUGAGCGAUAUCAAAUUCAUCGAAAUUCUCCAAAAUCUAUUCUGAUUUUCCAGCCUUUCUUCUCUUAUCUACGCCAUUUUCUCAAACACUUCGUCUGCAACUACUUUCCCCAGUUGAAAUUCUUGUAUUCUACUGGUUUUUCAAGAUUUCCCUUUUUCUUCAUUCAUGCCUCCAACUUAUUUCCCUCUCCGGUGGGAGAGCACCGGAGAUCAGUGGUGGUAUGCUUCCCCAAUUGAUUGGGCUGCCGCCAACGGCCACUAUGAUUUGGUUCGUGAGCUUCUCCGGCUAGAUGGCAACCACCUAAUCAAACUGUCAUCCCUGCGGCGAAUCCACCGCCUUGAGGUCGUUUGGGAUGAUGAAGAACAGUUUGAUGAUGUUGCCAAGAAUCGUUCUUUAGUCGCUCAAAAGCUCUUACACGAAGGUGACACUAAAAGGGGGAAGAACUCGUUAAUUGGGUCCGGUUAUGGCGGGUGGCUGUUGUACACCGCCGCCUCGGCUGGAGAUCUUCGAUUUGUUCAAGAAUUGUUACACAAAGACGCUCUUUUGGUUUUCGGAGAAGGAGAAUAUGGUGUGACAGAUAUGCUAUAUGCUGCCGCCAGGAGCAAGAAUAUGGAGGUUUUUAGGCUCAUUUAUGAUUUCGCUAUGUCUCCGAGGUUUAUGGCUAGUAAUGGUAGAGAGUUAGAAGAACAUAUUGGGGAAAUCCCGUCCGCUUAUAAGCAGGAAAUGAAGAAUAGAGCGGUUCAUGCAUUGGCAAGAGGCGGAAACUUGAAUAUUCUAAAGGAGCUUCUUGGCGAUUGCUCGAAUGAUAACAUUUUGGGUUAUAGAGAUAUUCAGGGAUCAACUAUUUUACACACGGCAGCUGGCCGGGGGCAGGUUGAGGUAGUCAAAUAUCUCAUAUCCUCGUAUGAGAUCAUCAACUCCGUAGACAAACAAGGCAAUACCGCCCUGCAUGUAGCAGCUUCCAGGGGCCAUAUAUCUGUGGUCGACAUUUUGAUCAGGGCAUCGCCUUCUUCUGUACAAUCAAAAAACGAUGCCGGAGAGACGUUUUUACAUACGGCCGUGACCGGUUUCCAAAUACCAACUUUUCGAAGGCUCGACCGUCAGAUCGUUCUCAUGAAACAAUUAGUCUGCUCGAAAGCCUUCAAUAUCGAAGAAAUCAUCAAUGCUGCAGAUAAUGAAGGAAGAACAGCGCUUCAUUUAGCCAUCAAUGGGAACAUCGAUAGUGAUCUGGUGGAGUUACUUAUGACCGUUUGUUCCAUUAACGUCAAUAAGCGCGAUAAUCACGGUCUGACCCCACUAGAUCUCCUCAAGCAACGGCCGUCAUCAGCUUCAUCGGAAGUGCUCAAACGACAGCUCAUCUCUGCCGGAGCAAUUCUCAGUAAUCAAGAUUACACAGUUCGAAAAAUCCUCGCGUCCCAUUUGAGAAAAGGGAGUGCCGGUGGAAGCCCUGGAACUACGUUCAACGUUGCCGAUUCUGAAAUAUUCUUGCACUCAGGUACCGAGAAUACCCCCUCCACGGCUUGCGGUACACCGGUUCUCACGAUGAAUGCUGCAGAACCGAGUCAACUCAACUCAAACUCAAACUCAAUCUCAAACUCGAACUUGGAAUCCAAGAGUCCCAACAAGAAGAAGCACAAAGGUAUAAAGCGAUUCCUUCGGUGGCCGAAAACGAGAAAAACAGGAGACGAAGGCGGGAAUUUGACGAUGAAACCAACGGAACUCCCGGUUCCGCUUAGGCAGAGAUACUCGAAACCCUCAACACCUUCAAACAACAAGCGAUCACUUGCUGCUAGAAGCAAUCUUGCUAGCCCAACUGCAAAAAAGAAAGUUGCUUCAGGAUUAGUGAACGGAGUUAUGCAAGCGAUGCCACAUAUGCACCGAAGAUCACAGUCUAAUUCGUUCUCGAGAUCCUCCAUUUCUUCACACAAUUCACAUACGGGAAUCGAGAUUGUGGGCUCGAGCCAGAUGUUUGAUGACGGAAUCGUCAACAAAGAAGAAGGGGUCGUGAAUAACAGGAGGUCGGUGAAUCAGUACUUCUGUUUUGGCGGUUCGAGGCUACCGUUAGAAUCGAAUGGUUCGGAUCGACAGCAGCAACACGAGAUCUACGAUCGGUAUGUUUUGUCGACGGCUUAAAAGAUUUAGCAGGUUAGUCAAUCUUGUAGCCUGUAAUGUAAUCUUAAUUUCCCCAAAUCUAUCUAUAAGCAUGUUUAAUAGUUGUGAAGUAUGUAACUUUAGCUUUCAAAAUGUUGUUGAACUUUGUGUGAAUGCAAUAUAGAUUAUGAGGAAGCUUUGAAUAAAU